UUUCCGAACACAGCAAUGAGCUUAGCAGACGAACUCCUUGCAGAUCUCGAUGGCUCUGACGACGGAGACGAAUACGAGCAGCAAGAAGAAAACGGAAAUCAUUCCACGAAUACCCUGAAACGCAAAGCGGAAGGUGAUCCUUCUGACGAUGAAAUGGAGGGAACUGGAGAAGGCGACGACCAACAAGAAAUUGGAGGACUUGUCCUCCCUGGUGGUGUAAAGCCGGCAGAUGAGCUGGAUGCAGAUGACGUUCAGCAAAUGGAACUUGGCGCAGUUCAAGACAUUUCCACGAUAGCGAAACUUGACGGAAGCAAACGCAUGUCCGACAUUUUACAGGAAAUCCAAAAAUAUCAAGAGAACCCUGCGACAGCUGCCACGAUGGCCCUUCCUGCCCAUCUUAAUCCGGAAUACACGCUCAUUGUACAGGCCAACAAUCUUUCAGUCGACGUCGACAAUGAAAUCAUGGUUGUCCAUAAGUUCAUUCGAGACCAUUAUGCUACCAAGUUCCCGGAGUUGGAACAACUUGUUGUCGACCCUGCUAUGUACAUUCGUUCAGUACGGACACUUGCGAACGAAGAGGAUCCUACAAAAGUAGAUCUUUCCAGCGUGUUACCGCCUGCGAUCAUUAUGAGUGUGGUUGUUACAGCUACAACCUCUUCUGGCAAACAGUUAUCCGACGCCGAAUGGACAGCGGUUCAGCGAGCAUGUGACCUUGCUGACCGCCUAGAGGAAGCGCGGAAGAAAAUAUUCAUGUACGUCAGCUCAAGGAUGAAUGUACUCGCUCCCAAUCUGUCAGCCAUUGUCGGAACCACGACAGCAGCCAAGCUUCUCGGUGUGGCCGGCGGUCUCGGUGCGCUCGCAAAGAUGCCGGCCUGCAAUGUCCACCUGCUCGGUGCACAACGUAAAAUAACCGCGGGCUUCUCAACCGCCACACAAAAGCGACAUACUGGAUUCAUCUUUCAGUCAGAGCUAGUGACGCAAACGCCGCCAGAGUAUCAGCUCAAAGUUCAACGCACUAUUGGUGCCAAAGCUGUAUUGGCUGCACGUAUGGAUUUAGAGCGACAACGGCGUGACGGUUCUUACGGGGAGAGCCUUCGCGAUAAGAUUGAGAAGCACAUAGACCGACUUGCGGCUCCUCCCCCCUCCAAAGUCGUCAAGGCUUUGCCCAUCCCAGGUGAUGGCCCCAAGAAACGUCGUGGCGGUAAAAGAGCUCGAAAGGCGAAAGAAGCGUAUGCCCAAACAGAAUUGCGCAAACUGCAAAACCGGAUGGCCUUCGGUGAAGCGGAGGAAGAAGUCGGCUCGUUUGAUGAAACCAAGGGCAUGGGUAUGAUAGGUGUAUCGUCUGGGAGUGUUCGUGCGGGUAUGGGAGAUUCUAAAAGCCGAGCCAAAAUGUCCAAGGCCAACAAGCUACGAACCGCUGCUCUUAAUCGUGCGGCACUCUUGGGAGGUACUCAACCGUCAUCAUCAUCGGCUUUAUCGGGAACAGCGACAUCAUUGAGUGUAACGCCAGCGCAGGGCUUCGAGCUUACCAACAGGACUGCCGCUGCUCAACGGGUUAAGGAAGCCAAUGAGCGGUGGUUUGCCUCAGGAACCUUCUCGUCUUUCUCUUAG